UCGCGACCGAGACCGGCACAACACAAACAGAAACAUGUAUCAACACACCAUGGCCGCCAUGCACGCCAUCGUGCACCACCGCGCACCGCCGCCUGGCCGCUGCUGUCGCGGCCACGGGCGCAGCGUCGUCGUCCGCGCGUCGGCCGCCACCGUCACCACCAGCAUCCCCGGGUCCGCGGCGACAGUGCCGGACUCGCCGUCCGCGGCGUUCUGGGACUACAACCUCCUAUUCCGGUCGCAGCGCGCCGAGUCCCCCGACCCCGUGGUGCUCCGCGUCACGGAGGGCGCGAUCCCGCCGGACUUCCCGGCGGGCACCUACUACCUCGCCGGUCCCGGGAUGUUCACCGACGACCACGGGUCCACGGUCCACCCGCUCGACGGCCACGGCUACCUCCGCUCGUUCCGCUUCGACGCCAGCGGCGCGGCGCACUACUCCGCGCGGUACGUGGAGACGGCGGCGAAGCGGGAGGAGCACGACGCGGGCGGCGCGUCGUGGCGGUUCACGCACCGGGGCCCCUUCUCGGUGCUGCAGGGUGGGAGCCGGGUGGGCAACGUGAAGGUGAUGAAGAACGUGGCCAACACCAGCGUGCUGCGCUGGGGCGGCCGCGUGCUCUGCCUCUGGGAAGGCGGGGAGCCGUACGAGCUGGACCCGCGGACGCUGGAGACCAUCGGCCCGUUCGACAUCCUCGGCAGCCUCUGCGGCGGUACCGACGAAGUGGCACGAGACGCCAGCGGCGAGGCUGCGCAUCACGGGCGCCGGCAGCCGUGGCUGCAGGAGGCAGGGAUCGACGUGGCCGCGCGCCUGCUGCGACCGGUCCUCAGUGGUGUCUACAGCAUGCCGGCCAAGCGGCUCCUCGCGCACUACAAGAUCGACCCCAAGAAGAACCGGCUGCUGAUGGUGGCCUGCAACGCCGAGGACAUGCUCCUCCCGCGCUCCAACUUCACUUUCUACGAGUUCGACGCCAACUUCGCGCUGGUGCAGAAGCGGGAGUUCGUCUUGCCGGACCACCUGAUGAUCCACGACUGGGCCUUCACGGAUAGCCAAUACGUCCUCCUCGGAAACAGAAUCAGGCUGGACAUUCCCGGUUCGCUGCUGGCGCUCACGGGCACUCACCCAAUGAUCGCGGCCCUCGCCGUGGACCCGAGCCGGCAGUCCACACCCGUCUACCUGCUGCCGCGCACCCCGGAGGCCGAGGCCGAGGCCAGCGGCCGCGACUGGAGCGUGCCCAUCGAGGCGCCGUCGCAGAUGUGGUCGAUGCACGUCGGCAACGCCUUCGAGGAGCGCAACGCCCGGGGCGGCAUCAACAUACAGCUCCACAUGUCCGGCUGCUCCUACCAGUGGUUCAACUUCCACAGGAUGUUUGGUUACAACUGGCUGAACAAGAAGCUGGACCCGUCCUUCAUGAAUAUAGCCAAGGGAAGGGAAUGGCUACCUCGUCUUGUUCAGGUGUCCAUCGACCUCGACAAGAGAGGGACGCGCCGAGGAUGCGCCGUCCGGAGACUGUCCGACCAGUGGACCAGGCCGGCGGACUUCCCGGCGAUCAACCCAGGCUUCGCCAACCGGAGGAGCCGCUUCGUCUACGCCGGUGCCGCCUCCGGCUCGCGCAGAUUCUUGCCGUACUUCCCCUUUGACAGCGUUGUCAAGGUAGACGUCUCCGAUGGAUCAGCGCGGCUGUGGUCUGUCGCUGGGCGCAAGUUCGUCGGUGAGCCGGUCUUCGUCCCCACCGGCAGUGGCGAGGAUGACGGCUAUGUUCUACUUGUAGAGUAUGCAGUGUACGAUCACAGGUGCCAUCUGGUGCUGCUGGACGCAAGGAAGAUCGGGGAAAGGAACGCAGUUGUGGCAAAACUUGAGGUGCCCAAGCACCUCACCUUCCCGAUGGGAUUCCAUGGGUUCUGGGCAGAUGAAUGACGCCACAGACAUCCAUUCUCACUCACUGAGCCCUGAAGUCCAAGACCCAUGUUGUCUUGAUCGCUUGAAACCUCUGAAACUGAAAGGAACGCAACAAUCGGGUCUUUUCUUCGGGAUCGUAUCCUGUGCUCAUUGCGCUCCCGCACAUGUGAGCACUUUUAAUCUGAGGCAUCCGUCGUGGUUCUGCUCGUCGGUCCCAUUCCCUGCCUGUGUCACCGGCCUCCUGCACGCCGUCGUCGUCCUCCUGCGUCCUGCACGCCGUUGCUAUCCUCCUGUGUCCUGCACGCUGCCACCAUCCUCCUAUGUCCUCCCCGAUGCCGUCAUGAGAAAGGAACUCAUGUAUGUAAGCUUGCUUCCACGGAUUGCUUCGACAGGUUGCUAGGUAUGUCACAACUGCGAUUGUAAACUGAUUGUAUAGACCCAUGUGAAUUAAAUAGAUUGUUUCAUGACUGGAAACAUCUUGUAUCACAGCAAUAGAUUGGUCCAGAAUAUACAAACUGAAAACAA